CAGCCAAAGAGUCUCUAUUUGGAGGCAGAAGAGGAGGAUGGAGUGGGAGGAGCCAGCUUGAGGUCGAGUCCUACGUCACAUCUUUGGUUGGAACCUUGAUACAGACACACAAACACAAACUCACACACACACACACAGCACUUCUGCAGACGGACGAAGGAACAAAGCAAAGAAGAAAAGCCAAGAAAACAACAGAAAAAUCAAAGGGAGAGCAAAAGAAAGUGAAGACUUGCAGGAGUCAGGCAGAAGAAAGAGGUGCUGUGUGUUGUGAAAACCACACUGUCGUCCUUCCACUCUACCAAAACUAAAGCAACCGGAGAUAAAAAAAAAUAAAAAAAUAAGACAAAAAGGAUCUUCAAGCAUGGCCCCAAAGAAGAAGGCCCCUCGCCCAAAGAAGGCCGCCGAAGACACCAUCACUCAGGUUCCCGUGGAGACCAGCUCCAUCCCCUUGAAGGUGGAGAGCCGUGGUGACGGCGUGGUGGUGGUUGAGAGCGGCGUGAAGAAGAUUGAGCAGAUGGCGGCCCUGGACAUCGCACAGCUGAACAGCCUGAACCUGCAGCUGCCGCCGCCCGCCAUCAAGCCCGGCGAGAGGGGCUUCGGCCUGGGCAGCGAGCUCACGCGGCCUCUGCACGGCAACGCACUGCUGGAGGAGCUCAGCAAGAUGCGCCAGGAGAAGUUCCUGACUGAUCUGGAGCUGGCCUGUAAGACCAAGGCCUUCGACGUGCACAAACUGGUCAUUUCCUCCAUUAGCCAGUACUUUAGAGAGAUUCUGGCUAAAGACCCUGGAAUGAAGCGUCUGGAACUCCCCUCUCUCUCACCUCUGGGUCUUGCCAAUGUCAUCACUUUUGCCUACUUGGGCCGCGUCCAUAUGUCCCUUUACACCAUUGGCUGCACCGUCUCUGCCGCCACCGCGCUGCAGAUCCCUCAACUCCUCAAGAUGUGCAUGGACUUCCUGCUGGCGGAGCUCAACGUCCAGACCUGCGUCUACAUCUGGAACAUCGCUGCCGCCUACGGCCUGCUGCCCGUGUGCGACGCCGCCCGCCGCUUCGUCCUUGAGAACUUUGUGCCGUUCUCAGAGACGCCGCUCUUCAUGCAACUGACCCUGGAGCAGAUCUCCGCUUUCCUGCAGGACGACGCGCUGGUGUUACCGUCAGAGGUCACGGCUUUCCAGCUCACCAUGAAGUGGCUGGACUUUAACGCCUCUCGCCAGGCUCACGCCUCUGACCUUCUGUCCCACAUCCGCUUCGAGACCAUCCCAGCCAGCGAGCUGGUGAGCCAGAUCCAGCCAGUGCCCCGCAUGAUGCUGGACCCCCAGUGCCACCGCCUGCUGGUGGACGCCAUGAACUACCACCUGCUGCCCUACCAGCAGAACACCCUGCAGUCCAGGCGCACGCAGGUCCGGGGGGCCCAGCAGACUCUGCUGACCAUCGGAGGACGCCCGUCUCUCACAGAGAGGGCUCUCAGCCGGGAGGUUCUGUGGAGGGACCCUCGUGACAGUGGAGCAACCUGGCGCCACCUGACCCAGCUGCCGGCGAAGAGCUUCAACCAGUGUGUGGCGGUGAUGGACGGCUUCCUGUAUGUUGCUGGAGGAGAGGACCAGAACGACGCCCGGAACCAGGCCAAGCACGCCGUCAGCACACUCAGCAGAUACGACCCCCGCUUCAACACCUGGCUCCACCUGGCCAGCAUGCGUCAGCGACGCACCCACUUCUCCCUGGCAGCCAGCGGUGGUCGCCUGUACGCCAUCGGCGGCCGUAACGUCGAGGGCUUGUUGGCCACCACCGAGAGCUACCUGCCCUCCUCCAACACCUGGCAGAUGCGCGCCCCCAUGGAAGUGCCCCGCUGCUGCCACUCCAGUGCCACCCUGCCCUCUGGAGACAUCCUGGUGACCGGCGGCUACAUCAGCUGUGCCUACUCCCGCUCUGCCUCGUGCUACAACGUGGAGACCGAUACCUGGAGCGAGAAAACCCCCAUGGAGACACCCCGCGGCUGGCACUGCUCCGCCACCCUGGGUGGGAAGGUGUACGUAGUGGGAGGAAGCCAGCUCGGGCCAGGUGGAGAGCGGAUCGAUGUGCUGUCAGUGGAAGUUUUCAGCCCUGAGAGUGGGGCGUGGAGCCGGGCGGCACCGCUGCCCUUGGGCGUGAGCACCGCGGGCCUGUCCCCGCUGGCCGAGAAGCUGUACCUGCUGGGAGGCUGGAACGAGGCCGAGAAACGCUACAAGGCGGCCGUGCAGAAGUACGACCCGGCCACAGAUAGCUGGUCGAAGGGGGAGGAUCUGCCGGAGCCAACAGUAGGAGUCUCCUGCUGCGCCCUGACGCUGCCACCCCGCCACGCACCACGCCGGCAGCAGCACCGCAACACCCCGGGACACGAGGAGCAGAGCCCUGCCGGAAAGAACCGGAGCAGAGAGAACAGCAAGGCCCCAGUACAGGUCCAAAGUGCAUGAAAACACAGGAGAAGCAUCAGGCAACAUCUGGAUCACCAGAACAUUUCCUCUGCCAGUGACCCCUGACCCCUUCAAUCAAAAAUGGUCCAAAAUGUGGAAAAGGGGAAUCCCAUUUUCAUUUUUCUACAGAAGCUAAAAUCGACCCUUUAAGAACCAGAAUGUGUGACAACAGGAGGGUUCAACUUUGACCUUUUAGGCUGCUAAAAACCCACUCCGAAGAAAAUUGUAUUUUUAACUCAUGAUGGAAGACAAAUCUUAACAAAAUUAAUGUUAAAAAUUGUAUUCAUGAGUAUUUCUUUAUUCAAAUCAUUGUGAAUCAGGAGCAGAUGAAAAAUGCAGUUUGAAAAAGAUGUAAAGGUCCCUGCUCUGACCUCAAUGGCGAAGGGGGCGGGGCUGCUCCUCACCAAUUUCUGUUAAACUAAUGCUGCUUUGCAGAAACUGUCCUGGAAAACAAGACAAGUUUUUAAUAUUUUGGCUAAAAAUUGCAUAAUUAUCAUUAGAAGACCACUGAAAGUGAACCAGAGUGGGUCCUUAUGUCAAAAUGAGGCAAAACAAAACUUCUGUUUUAUUUCGUUUCUUUUUUUUAUCCAGUAAAAAAAUUAAAGUAGUAUCAAGCAGGAUCAUUAAACACUUCACUGCUGAGUUAGUAUUUAUAAUAAAGUCAUUUUAUAUUGUGUUAAAUAUUUAUUAAGUUUCUUUGGUCCCGAGUGGAGGAUUUAGAAAGAACAGAACCAGAGGGGGUAAAGGUGGAUGGAAAGACGAGUUGAGCAGGUGAAGGUGAAGCAAGGACGAUGGAAAGACAGAAACGGAUGAUCUGUGAGCCUGUGUACAAACAAACGCAUCGACGGCGGCUGUGAGGAGCAUGAAUGAGCCAGUGUGAGGCAGUGUGUAACUGCUGCAGCAAAUGAGCCAGUUAGUAACAAAAACCUGCAAUAAAUCCUCUUAAAGCAAACUUGAAAAGUUCCCAAGAGUUCAGUUCAGGCCUGUCAGGAACGACCACUGAGGGUUAAAUGUGAAAUAAAGUCGCACUAAGGUGGUAAAAGUUACUGAAAAGCAUGUGUAUUUAGAUUAUUUUAAAUGCUAAUUGUGUUGGAAGGACACAAAAACUGAAUAUAAACAAGAGUUUAAUUUAUGAUAAAAAAAAUAAGAAAAUUAAGAGAAAAUUAGUAGCCAGUGAGACUCCAAGCUGUGAGGAGUAAAAAGCUGUUAUCUAUUAUGAUCUUUGGAGGUUUAUAUUUCUCACUUGAAUUAAUAAUUAUCUGUAUUUGAACUUUAAAUGUGAAAUUUCAUUGAAAUUUAAUAAAGACAAUCUCCUUAAAACUUGA